CCUCCCCCCCCCCCCCCGCCCGCGCCCGCUCCCGCUCCCGCUCCGCCAUGGGCGCCGCCGGCUCGUCGGCCCUGGGCCGCCUCGGCCUCCCCGCGUCGCGCCUCCCCGCGCAGCCCCGGCCCGGCUGGCUCGCGGUGACCGCGCUGGGACUGGCCGCCGUGGCGCUGGGGACCGUCGCCUGGCGCCGCGCGCGGUCCAGGCGGCGCCGGCGGCUGCAGCAGGUGGGCACGGUGGCGCAGCUCUGGAUCUACCCGGUCAAGUCCUGCAAGGGGGUGGCGGUGAGCGCGGCGGAGUGCACGGCCCUGGGGCUGCGCUGCGGCCACCUGCGGGACAGGUUUUGGCUGGUGAUUAAGGAAGAUGGGCACAUGGUCACCGCCCGGCAGGAGCCUCGCCUGGUGCUGGUGUCCAUCACCUAUGAGGGUGACCGCCUGAUCCUCAGGGCUCCGGGCAUGGACCAGCUGGUUUUGCCGGGCAAGCUGCCUUCUUCAAACAAGCUGCAUGAUUGCAGGCUGUUUGGGAUGGACAUCAAGGGCAGGGACUGUGGCGACCAGGCAGCUAAGUGGUUCACCAGCUUCUUGAAAACAGAAGCUUUCAGGCUGGUUCAGUUUGAGGAUCACAUGAAGGGAAGGUCAUCGAAGAAAAUUUUCUCUACCCUUGUACCGAAUUACCAGGUGGCCUACCCAGACUGCAGCCCGAUCAUGCUCCUCUCGGAAGCCUCCCUGGUGGAUCUGAAUACCAGGCUGGAGAAGAAACUGAAAAUGGACCAGUUCAGACCCAGCAUUGUGGUGACAGGCUGCGAUGCCUUUGAGGAGGAUACCUGGGAUGAGCUCCUCAUUGGCAGCGUAGAGAUGAAAAAGGUUUUGGCUUGCCCCAGGUGCAUUUUGACCACUGUAGACCCAGAUACCGGAGUGAUAGACAGGAAGGAGCCACUGGAAACCCUGAAGAGCUACCGCCUGUGUGAUCCUUCUGAGAAGCAGAUCUACAAGUCGUCCCCACUUUUUGGGGUCUAUUACUCAGUGGAGAAAGUCGGCAGCUUGAACGUUGGUGACCCCGUGUAUCGGAUGGUACCGUGACAUGGUUUCCACGUCCCGGAGGCUUUGAUGAGGACUUUACCGACAGCCGCCAGCACCACCUCGGCACGUCCUGUGCUACCCAGCCCUUGACCGUCUUCACCCUGGAGCCGAAUCUCUUUGUAACUUUUUGAAGUUACGCAUGCUCCACGUUAAUGCAGGAAAAGUAUUAGAGGUGAUUCAGCAAUAAGGAGGUAUAUAGAUUGGACGUAAUGAGGACUCUUUAAAUAAAUAAAAUUGUCUAUGAAAUUAUUUGGAAUGUUGCUCUAGCGAUGACACUUUUUAACCCCUGACGUUACUGUUGGUGAGUAAAGAAAGUCUAAAGAAUCAGUCAAAAAGCCGCAGAUUUCUUUUUCCCACGUGUUUACAUCCUCUCCCCUGUCGUUCGUGUUUUUAGGAGAAAUGGGAAACAAGAUCAUUGUUUUCUGAUGUGCCUUAUACGUGUUCCCACAAAUCCUUGAUGUUGGCCUUCACACAGCGGUUGAAUCCGUCAACAUUUGCUCAUAUGUUCUGGACCCCAAGUUGGGGAAUCGGGUUGUACUUGAGUAUGGAAGUUAUUUUGUAGAUCUUGUUUUCAUUUUCGAUUAGGCCCUAUAUAAAAGCAAUUUGUCUGUAACCACCAGGUCCGCUGCCUGGAAUUUCAAGUAUGACAAAGAAAACACGGGCUUUUAAAACGAAUGGAAUGUUGAGAGCAGGCGUGAGGAGCACGAGCGCAUUUUUUUAGGUGCAGAUAAUUUUUAGGUACAAAUAAUCCGGUGCAAAAAAAAAAAAAAGAGAAAUGAACUAUUUUGGUAUGACUAAACAAAAAUCCUCACUGAAGUAAUGUGUGAAUGCGUUAACCCACUUACAGUGUUGGGGUUUAUUAUUAAUAAAUGUGAAUCUCAGUUGUACUUUC